AUACUGAAUUAGAAGAAGACGCAGAAGCGAGUGAUACUCGUGUAUAUAUGCACGUUGUCUGAAGGCAUGCUGUAGUCGCGUUACAUGACUAGUAUAAACAACACUUUUCUGUGUCUAUUUAAGUCUUACGAUAUAUUUAAGGAUGGUUGGGAAGAUAAAACGUGUCCGACAGAAGCUUCACCAGGAGGCAGUGAAGCCGGAGGAAACACUGAGCGCCACUUCGUCUCUGUUUUCGCUGUCGUUUUCUUCGAGUGUCCGGGACAAAAAGAGUGAUUCUACUGCAGUUCCAGAGGAAAACAAGUCUCAGAGCAAACAGGCCCCAACGAAAAGCUCCUUCCCCACUGGAAUCUUUGCUGGUACAAAAAUCACUCCAGAAGCUUUGGUUCAAACACUGAAGUAUGAAGAAACUCUAGAUGUACAGAUUCCUGUCAAGAAAGGUCCAGAAGAGAAGAAACUCAAGACAAAGAAAGAGAAGAUGAAGGAGAGAAGAGAGAAGUGGCUAAAUAAGAUCAGCUCCAUCAAACUGGCCAGGGAGCAGCAGGCAGCCACGGCCCGCAGGAAGGCUACGCCCGUAGUUGGUGACCUGAGGCCUCUGGCUGACGCUCUGCCUGAACUCUGUCAGCUCCUCGACUCGCCCACUGCCAUGACCGCUUCAGCUCGCCGCAAGAGGAGGAAAGAUAAAGUGCAGGAGAAGAAGCCCGAGCCAACAGAUUUCAGUCAGAUGAAAGCAUCGCAGAAACGCAAAUUCCUAGAAACUGAGUACAGCCGUUUCAGCACCGCUGUGAAGUCCAUCUCUGCCAAAUCCAAUCCUCUGUCUGACAUCGGAGAGCAGCUGAGGAAGAGGAUGAAGCAAGAGGAAGAACAAAGUCCCACAUAACAGUAGCUGCAGAGGAUAACAAAAAUGUGACUGAAAACAUUUUAAAGACAGAAGAGAUUCCAGAAUCUUGGCUGCUCCCUUUCUUGUUCAGAGCUUUACAGUCUCCACUACAGACAUUUGUACAUUGUACAUUUAUAUGAAAGAGCAUCAAUACAUAUUAUAAAGAACCUCAAGUGAUGCCACUGCUGUCCUAGAAACAAGCGAUACCCAUCACAUUUUCUGCAACAUCUGUUGAAUCUUGCAUGUUUAGCCACAGGGUUGCAGUUUCUCGGUAUCUGAUACAGGUUAUUGCGCUGAUAUUAGCCUUUUGUCAAAACAUUCAAAGAAAAUACCAGACAUUUAUUUAGUUGUGCUGUCAACAUUCUAGACCAGAUCAGAUUUAAAGAUGUGGAAUGUUUAAAAAAAAGAUGAAAAUUAAUUCUAUGUAUGUUCAAUAUGUUUUCCUUAUUCAGUGGCUGUUUACGGUCACUGUUAAUAAAAUUAGAAAUAUAUGAGA